AUGCUUCUCGGCAAGGCACUUCUGGCGCUUGCCUGGGCUGCGAUAGCUGUCCAUGCAGCUCCGGCCAAUGGCUAUGAGGACAUGACCUCGGCAGCAGGCACAGUCAUCGUAGACGCAGAAAAGGGAGGGCUCCAUGAAUUCCAGUUUGUCAGGGAUCACAUGUCGCCCGGGGACGUGCUCGCUCGCUCGUCGUCUCCCUACUACGACGGUAACGAUUCGGAUCAGAAGAUAACUCCCGAGACUAUCGAGAUCUUCAAGAAAUACGGCAUCACCCACGUCAUCAGCGCGAAUCACGAAGCCAACAACGAAGCGAUCAAGAAGGCCCUUGCGGAUGCUGGAAUUGCUUAUACCCCUCUCCCCGUCGAAGACUUCCACGCCGCAACCGCGGAGGAUUUCCAACAGGGCUGGGAGGCUUUCGUCAGGCAUCGUGGCACCGGUGGCACGCUGGUAUGGUGCGGCGCCGGAUUCGGCCGUACGGGCACGAUGAUAUCCGCUCUGCAGAUGUAUGCCCAGCACGAGAGGGGUCAGUUGGGCACAUGGACGCACGCUGACUACGAGCGGAACCAUGUUGAGGAGCCUGUGCAGGAAGAGGCACUCAACGCGCUCCAGGAGCGGCUCAGAGCCCAACCGCUGCCGGCGACCACCGAAGAGGAAACGACCAGCUUGCUGGCGGGUAACUUUGACCAGCUCAACUGUGUUGCCAUUCUCGCUACGUUGCUCUCGAGAAUGCAUAUUAGCGAGAGGUCCAUGUUCAGAGAUGUCGCGACGCUGAGCCGUCGGCAAGCAACUCCAGCACCAAAUCAAUUCGAUUGCGAGCGGGCCCGCCACAUUCUCCAGACGCAAAACGUACCAAAACCCUGCCGCAAGAUCAAGAAUAUCCAGCUCGGCGUCGCUUUCGCCAACCAUUAUUAUUCUGGAAGCUAUGAUGACAUUGGCGCCACUCUCGAGGGCCCGGCUGGUAAGGCAACUCUGCACGUUGCAACACAGCCGUAUUGGGGAAGCCAUCACUGGGCCAAGGUCGACAUGCAAGCAUCAUUUCAAAAGGACGAAAUCGACGUCACCGGUAUCGACAAAAUCACUCUGAAUGCCGCGGGGAUUUUCAACCCACCGUUUUACAUUGGCGGCAAUGUGUACAAUGACAAGUGGCAGGUCCAAGAUAUUCAGAUCCGCGCAGACUGUGCCGAUCCCGGCUUCGAGGCCAAGGACGACAAGCUCGUCGGUCUGAAUGCGUGGUACGGACAUCCCGGGGGCUGGUUCACGGCAAAGCUCGAGACCAAGACCGUCGCCACCUUCCCGAUUGUGCCUGGAGACUGGGCCUUUUCGCCUCCCUGCGCCACGAUCAAAGAGCUGGCCUACGAGUUCAGGGUGACCAACAAGUACUGGGGCGGAACGUGGGACGCACUGGCCUUUACCCUCGGCGAGAGCAAAAACAUCGACCUCGGAGAGAAUGUGGACCCCGGCUGCAUCACGACGGGCACAAUUAAUCUGAAGGACGCCUUUGGCAAAGACGAGGUCGACAUUCGCGAUCUUAAAGUGCUCAAUAUGAUUGACAACUACGGGUCGAGCGGCGGAAACGGAGACGCGUGGGCGUUCGAAGGCAUUACAUUCUCUGCGACCUGCGCCGACACUUCCAAGAGAAUGGCAAUGAAAAAGUACCAGUCAGUCGACGCAUGGGUCCAGCACGUCGAGUCUGGGCCGGCCUGGACCGGCGCCAUCAUCCCUUCGGACUGGAUAGAUGUUACGGGUGCCGAAGCACUACCACUGUCAAAGACGACGUGUAACAAGGCACCUGCACCUCCCUCCUAG